GGGAGAGAGAGAGAGGGAGCGAGAGAGAGAGAGAGAGAGUAUGCAUUCGCAAUGAGAGCAGCAGGAAACUUCAAACCCCCUCACAUCUGGCAUUGACACGGAACAGACAGACAGAGCCUGUAUGUAUCCAGGAUGACCUGAAACAUCUGUCAUACAUACAUUCACAGCGAGGAAUAGAAGAACCACGGACAUUACAGUUACGUUAAAUACUAAAGCGAGAACAGAAAAAAAUGUAUAUUUGUUAAAUACGGCUUUGCCCUGUAUUCAGAUCGCGCGCUCUCUCUCUCUCUCUCUUGGUGCAGCAAGGUGACGCAGCGCUCGAGCCAGCAGCGAACCAGGUGACGACUUUUGCCGCAGGCAGCCGGUGCGCAACCAGCUUAGACAUCCACCACGGGAAUAAAACGGAAUUACUGUUUUCGGUGUCGUUGUAGCCUAUAUGUGUGUGGAAACCGGGUCUCUGUGGGAUAGUAGUAUUAGUAUAAUUAUUAUUAUGUGUCGCUGUUCAAUAUGACGACGAAACGAAAGUCUCCUAAGCUCCAGCUGCGCCGGUCGAUCAGCGAGCAGCUGCGGGAUUCCACGUCCAAGGCUUGGGAUCUGCUGUGGAGGAAUGUCCGGGAGAGGCGCUUGGCAGAGAUCGAGGCCAAGGAGGCUUGUGAUUGGCUGAGGGCUGCAGGGUUCCCACAGUAUGCCCAGCUCUACGAAGACUCCCAGUUUCCUAUAGAUAUCUUGUCAGUGAAGAGGGACCAUGACUUCUUGGACAGGGACCUGGUGGAACCUCUGUGUCGACGUCUUAACACCCUGAACAAGUGUUGCUCCAUGAAACUAGACGUCAGCCACCCCAGGAAGAGAACUGAUGAUUCAGACGACGAUGACCCGCUGGCCAUCAGUAAGAGAUGGACCUUUGAAUGGAACAGCCGGCGCUGGUCCCGCCUCCAGGACAUGCACUUCCUGCUGGGCUCGCCCAAUGAGAGCAGCCCUGAGGGGUGCCAGGGGGAGGGGCGACUGAGGAGCACGGUGAGCAGUGAGAGCGUCCUGACGGACCUGAGCGAACCAGAGAUCACGGAUAUAUCCUCUCUGCACAGUCAAGACUCUCUGGGAGCCAUGCUUCCUGACUCUGUCUCUAUGGCCUCACUGGCAGGACCCUACCAGCCCCCAGGAGACCUGUCCCACUACAACUCUCUACCAAUCAAAAGUAGCCGUCACGGCCAGGGUGGGCGGAGUCCGGCAAAGGCCUUCCUGCGUCGCAUGGAGAUGAUGCGUACCUGGGGGCCGUCCUCCAAGAGGAAGUCAGGAAGUGGACGGGCGCCGCUCGUCAUCAGUGGGCCGGUCCUACAUGGGGAGGAGCCCCAGGCGUUACAGACACUCCACUGUGUUCCCAUCAAUCAAUCAGAGGACAGUCCUGAUCCUCCCCACCAAUCAGACGACAACUCGUCCCGUAUAGCUCUCGGCAACGGCAGCAAGGGCCAAUCGGUGACGAGCGGUGUGAGCUCCAUGCGCCCCUGUGUGAGGGAGUCUGUCUCCAAGCCAAAAAGAGGAAGUAUGUACCUGGAAGACAUGGAGCUGCUCUCUGGCGCCCCCCAUGUUCGGAGGACUGAAGCACAACAGAGCCCGUUCAGCAGGAACCACUUCCGCUCCUAUGAGGACCUGCUGGUCCACAUCCCCAAGAACCACAAACCAGGCACCUUCCCCAAAGCCUUGUCUAUAGAGAGUCUAGCCACAGCCACCAACCACCAGCGCCAGACCCCCUCUCCCUCCACACUCCACCCCAGCAAAGGCUCCCCCUGGACGGGUACGGCUCUGUCCAAGAAGCCUCCCUGCCCUGGAGCUCCGCGGGGCAGCAGGGUGAGUGUGUAUGACAACGUCCCCGGGUCUCACCUGUACGCGUCCACAGGUGACCUGCUGGAUGUGGACCGAGACGAUCACCUGUUCCCCCACCUGGAUGACAUCAUCAGUCACAUCAGCGGCCUGCAGCAGAUCGUAGACCACUGGAGUCGCAGUGUGCUGCCGGAGGGUGUGGUGGGGGAGGAGGGGGAGGCAGGGGAGGGAAAGAGGGGUGAGGAUGAGGGGGAGGGAGAGGGAGAGGGAAGGACCACACCCAGUGAGGGGGAGGGAGAGGAGAGGACCACACCCAGUGAGGGGGAUGGAGAGGGGAGGACCAUGCCCAGUGAGGGGGAGAGAGACGGGGUCUCCCUGACUGACAUGGAGUCUACAGGGACCAGAGAGAGGAGAGACUCUGGAGUGGGAGCUUCCCUUACCAGACCACGUCUGAGGUGGCCGAGCUUCCGCCUCUCUGACCGUCUGCGCCAAUCAGGCUCCGCGCUGCAGAUCAGUAGCCAAUCAGCAGGCCAGCUCAGCCUGCUCCAGAAGUUCUCUCUGCUCCGACUCACAGCCAUCAUGGAGAAUUACUCCAUGUCAAACAAACACGGCUGGACCUGGUCUGUCCCUAAGUUUAUGAAGCGUUUGAAGGUCCCUGACUACAGAGAGAGGAGUGUGUUUGGUGUUCCCCUCAUCGUUCACACACAGCGCUGUGGUUACCCUCUACCUCUUUGUCUACAGCAGGCCCUGAGGCAUCUCAGGAUGCACUGCCUUGACCAGGUGGGUCUGUUCCGUAAAUCUGGUGUGAAGUCUCGUAUCCAGGCGUUGAGACAGGAGUGCGAGACCUGUCCUGACAGUGUGUGUUACGAGGACCAGUCAGCGUACGACGUAGCAGACAUGGUGAAACAGUUCUACAGAGACCUUCCUGAACCUCUGCUGACGAGCAAGCUGGGAGAGACCUUCCUGCAUAUAUACCAGUAUGUCCCUAAGGAGCAGAGGUUGCAGGCCGUGAGGGCGGCCAUCUUGCUGAUGUCAGACGAGAACAGGGAAGUGCUCCAGACGCUGCUCUGCUUCCUGCGUGAUGUCACUUCCUGUGUAGAGGAGAACCAGAUGACCCCUAUGAACCUGGCUGUGUGUCUGGGCCCCUCCCUGUUCCACCUCAACAUACUGAAGAAUGACAACCUGUCCCCCAGGUCGAUCCAGAGGAAGUAUGCUACGGGCCGUCCGGACCAGAAGGACCUGAGUGAGAACCUAGCCGCCACACAAGGCCUGGCUCACAUGAUCACUGAGUGCCAGCACCUGUUUGAGAUCCCACAGGACAUGGUAAGCCGGUCCCAUACCUCCUACAUGGAUGCUCAGUUACUAGUGCCCCCUCUGGACGAGCUGCGUAAGACACAUGACGACGAGGAGGAGGAAGAGGAGGAGGAAGAGGAGGAAGGAUCCUACAACACACACAUGGAGGGGCUGGUCCAGGGUCUACUAAAGGAGGCCAGAGACAGCAGCAAAGGAUGGGUCUCCCGGGCUACUAGUGACCACACUGAACUGGCCUGCAAAAAGGUGGGUGAUGGUAACCCGCUGCGGCGGUGGCGUGUGUGUGUGGAGGUGUGUGCGACGCCCAGUGAGGUGUUGGAGAGGCUGCUGCGGGAGCGCCCCCUGUGGCAGACAGACGUAGUGCAGGAGAAGGUUCUGGAAACCCUGGGCAGACAGACAGACAUCUACCAGUACAGCUUGCAGAGCAUGGCCCCACACCCCAACACUGACUACGUGGUACUGAGGUCGUGGCGUAGCAACAUUUGUAAGGGUUGCAGUGUGUUGGUGUGUGUAUCAGUGGACUAUGAGGACAGUCCAGCCAUGGUAUCAGUCAGAGGAGUGGUUCUAGAAUCACAGUACCUUCUAGAACCCCACGGAACCGGGAGGUCCAGACUCACACACAUCUGCAGAGUCGAUCUGAAGGGCAGGUCUCCAGAGUGGUACAACAAGGUGUUCGGUCACCUGUGUGUCUCUGAGGCCCAGAGGAUCCGUUCCUCUUUCCUCCCUCCAGACCCCCCAGGCCCAGAGACCAAGUCUUGAACCCCAGGACCAGGGCAUGAGGCUGGGCUACACCGCCAGGGAGCACGGCCCCAAGGACCAGAAGACCAGAGAGAAGUAAAAACACAGAAGAACAGGAGGGCUAGAACCGUGGACCUUUGAAGCUUGGACCGAGAUUCAUGGACCUUGAAACCAGGGAAACUAGAACCAGGGAACCUAGAACCAGGGAACCUAGAACCAGGGAACCUAGAACCAGGGAACCUAGAACCGGGGAACCUAGAACCAGGGAACCGAGGAACCAGGGAACUGAGGAAGCAGGGGGGAAGACUAGUUCGACCUAUAACUAGGAACCAGGGUUCUGAAAGCAGCGACCUAUCACCAGGGAACAACGACUGGUGAUAUAAAAUGUAGAACCAGGAAAUAUGGAACAAUCUAUCAGGGAUUCUUAAACUGUUUCAGAAAUUGACUGUCCUCCCAUGACCCAAAUCGUCCUCCAACGACCCAAAUUAAGAAGAAAUAGUGUGUGAUGAUAGAUGUAUUCUGAAAACUCACGACACACCUCUCACAUGCCCAGGGACCCACUUUGGGUGCCGACCCAUAGUUUAAGAAACCUUUUUUUAAACCUCUGAACCAGAGAUUUGGAACAAUCAAAUGUAGAACCAGUGACACUGAACAAUAUUGAACUUGGAACAAGGGAUACGGAACGUUCUAGAUUGAAUUUGAAGACAGAUCUGGGUCCAGAUUCACAAAACAUUUCUUACGCAAAAAAAAAUGUAAGAAGCUGCUUAAGAAAAAAAAAAAAAAGAAGUUCAUAAAAUAGUGCAUUUCCUCCACAAUAUCUUAAGAUUUAAUGAUUUUCUUACGAACUCCUGAAAUAUCUUCUUACAAAUCUUCUUAAGAUGUUUGUUGCUUGGCAACCGGUUUAGCUAGCUAUCUAGCUAACAACGGUAAUCAUGUUUGCAUAUUUCCUACUGAGAUUACUGUUCUAAAACAUGUUCUUGGGGUUAAAAUAAUAAAGUUUUUCAGUGAAUUAAACAGGUUCAAUAGUUUUCAUGAGCGUAUUCUCUCACUGCCCUGAGUUUAAGACGAGGGUUUAGCUAUCUUGGAAUUACGAACAAAUCCAAUAACUUUAUUUAAGAAUCAAAUUUCUUCUUAACUUUUUGUUUAAGGAGAAAUUAUAAAAAAAUAACCCUUAACAUUUCCAAUAACCUUUUUGAGGAAUAUCAACUUUGCUUAACUUUCUUCAUAAGUCUACAGUUAAAGGGAAAAAAUGUCAGUUAAAAAGACAUUUCUUCUUCAAGAAGGUUUUGUGUAUCUGGGCCCCUGGUUCCUAAAGCUUUAUCUUUGCUCUCAGCAUCAGCAUCACCGUCCGUUUAAACUACUAUUAUUAUUAUUCAUAUUAUUAGUACUAUCAUCUUUAUUGUCUGUGUUAAUUAUAUUAUUAUUGUAUUAUUGUUAUUUUAAUAUUAUGACAUCAUCAUUGUUGUUGUAUAAUCGUUGCUUUCUUUUAAUCCUGUUAUACAAUGUCUAGGACAUUUAUCCAUUUCACUGCUUCUGGGAAGCGUGUGUGUGUGUGUGUGUGUGUGUGUGUGUGUGUGUGUGUGUGUGUGUGUGUGUGUGUGUGUGUGUGUGUGUGUGUGUGUGUGUGUGUGUGUGUGUGUGUGUGUGUGCGUGUGCGUGUGCGUGUAUGCGUAUGUGUGUGCGUGUGUGUGUGUGUGCUAGUCUGUACACACAGUGUAAAUAAGUGAUGCUCUCUGUACCAGCAGAUGAAACUGUCUCUCAUUGCCCAUCAGGACUUUAUCAUAUUGAUAUGCUGAUGUUAUGGUCAUAUCACAUGUCCUAAAGCAAUACUGUAACUAUCUAAUGUAUUAUAAUAGAACUGUACCAUGCCGCUGCCGUGAGGUUACUAAGCUGUUGUAUAAUGCUAUACUGUAUUGCCAUAGCAGUGCCAUCGCCAUGGCGAUACCAUGGUGUUAGGUUGCUGUAGGGUUGACUUGGUGUUGCUAUAGGAUCACCAUGGUAUUGCCGUGGCGUUACUAUGGUGCCGCUAAACCGUAACGUUGCUAUGGUAUCGCCAUGGCUUUACCACGGAGUUACCAUGGCACAGCUAAACUGUAAUGUUGCUAUAGUACCGCCAUGCUCUGUAAGUGCUGUUUGCGUGGGAACAGUGUACUUGAUUCUGACGUGAGCCAUAGGGGAUUAUGGGUAAAUGUGAGGAGAUAGCUGAGGAGAUCAGAGGACAACAGGGUGGUUGACACCAGGCUUUAACUUAGUCUGGUCCCAGACCUGUUGAUGCGUUCAGAGGACAACAGGGUGGAUGACACCAGGCUUUAACUUAGUCUGGUCCCAGAUCUGUUGAUGCGUUCAGAGGACAACAGGGUGGUUGACACCAGGCUUUAAUUUAGUCUGGUCCCAGACCUGUUUAUGCGUUCAGAGGACAACAGGGUGGUUGACACCAGGCUUUAACUUAGUCUGGUCCCAGACCUGUUGAUGCGUUCAGAGGACAACAGGGUGGUUGACACCAGGCUUUAACUUAGUCUGGUCCCAGACCUGUUGAUGCGUUCAGAGGACAACAGGGUGGUUGACACCAGGCUUUAACUUAGUCUGGUCCCAGACCUGUUGAUGCGUUCAGAGGACAACAGGGUGGAUGACACCAGGCUUUAACUUAGUCUGGUCCCAGACCUGUUGAUGCGUUCAGAGGACAACAGGGUGGUUGACACCAGGCUUUAACUUAGUCUGGUCCCAGACCUGUUGAUGCGUUCAGAGGACAACAGGGUGGUUGACACCAGGCUUUAACUUAGUCUGGUCCCAGACCUGUUUAUGCGUUCAGAGGACAACAGGGUGGAUGACUCCAGUCUUUAACUUAGUCUGGUCCCAGGCCUGUUUAUGCUGUCAUGACAACUCCUUGUUGCCAUUGUCCUGCGGCAGGUGGCUUCAUUCCUAGUCGACAUGCAGUCCUGAAGCAGUCAAUGCAGACAGAAUCAUCGCGCUAUCUGAUGUAAGACAAUGCCUUGUCGGAGACGGCACAACCUUAUCUAUAACCAGGCUAAGGUCAAUGACAACAGGGCCAGAUCUGGAGCCAGGCUAAGGUCAAUGACAACAGGGCCAGAUCUGGAGCCAGGCUAAGGUCAAUGACAACAGGGCCAGAUCUGGAGCCAGGCUAAGGUCAAUGACAACAGGGCCCGAUCUUGAGCCAGGUUAAGGUCAAUGACAACAGGGCCAGAUCUGGAGCCAGGCUAAGGUCAAUGACAACAGGGCCAGAUCUGGAACCAGGUCAAUGACAACAGGGCCAGAUCUGGAACCAGGUUAAGGUAAACAGGACCAGAUCUGGAACCAGGUUAAGGUCAACAGGACCAGAUCUGGAAUCAGGUUAAGGUAAACAGGACCAGAUCUGGAACCAGGUUAAGGUAAACAGGGUGGAAGAUACAAGGCUGUUUGUUUCUUCAGGGGAGAAUAAAACUUCAAAAAAAUACAA